AUGAGCAAGUUCAUCCUUAUCCUCGCCACACAAAUCCUCCUCCUCGCCGUCGUUGCUUCGACCGAAGACUUCGCAAGAACCAUGAACCAAAAACAUGUCGGCCUCCACAAAGAAGAGAAACUCACCCAUCUCCGGCUCUAUUGGCACGACUCCACUGGUGGUGAAAAACCUAGCUCCGUCCAGAUCAAACAACCGGUCUUGAACUCAUCCUCCUUAUUCGGAUCGGUCUCCAUGAUGGAUGACGCAUUAACGACGGAUGUGCUGAGGAAUUCGACUGUGGUGGGUCAGGCACAAGGGAUUUAUGCUGGAGCAGCUCAAGGAGAAAUUGACUUCUUGAUGGUAAUGAACUUUGUUUUCAAGACCGGGAAGUAUAACGGGAGUACGAUCACGAUUCUUGGUCGGAACGCUGUGUUGACGGAGGUUAGGGAAAUGCCGGUGGUCGGAGGAAGUGGAAUGUUCCGGUUUGCUAGAGGUUAUGUGGAGGCAAGGACCAAGUAUUUUGAUCUCAAGUCCGGCGUAGCUACCGUUGAGUAUAACUGUUAUGUCUUGCAUUAG